UCAGGCGCUGCGGGAGCCGCGGGUUACAGUGCAGACAUGGCCAAGUCCAAGAACCACACCACACACAACCAGUCCCACAAAUGGCACAGAAACGGCAUCAAGAAACCCCGGUCGCAAAGAUAUGAAUCUCUUAAGAGGGUUGACCCCAAGUUCCUGAGAAACAUGCGUUUUGCCAAGAAGCACAACAAGAAAGGCCUGAAGAAGAUGCAGGCCAACAACGCAAAGGCAGUGAGUGCGGGCGCAGAGGCCAUCAAGCCCAAAAUGCCAAAAGGCCCCAAACUCAAGCGGCUGGCUUUCAUCGUUCACCCUAAGCUUGGGAAGCGGAUUCGAAGCUACAUGGCCAAGGGUCAGAGGCUCUGCCAACCAAAGCCCAGGGUUCAAACCAAGGCAGAGGCCAAAGCUCCAGCUAAGGCCCAGGCUUCAGUCCAGCCCAGGCCCCCAAAGGUGCCCAGGCCCCUGUGA